AUGAAAGGAACACAAUCAUCUACAGCCAAUGUCAUCCGGCGAGCUAAGGCAUGCAAUACAUGUCGGCGGAAGAAGGUUAAAUGUGAUGGAAGGCGACCAAUCUGUUCACCUUGCCACGCAUUCAAUCUCUCUUGCGGAUAUCAAGAUGUCAUGGACAGCCGGAAACGCGAUAGUCGGACAUAUGUUGAAGAGCUAGAGAAGCGAAUAGAACGUAUGCAGGAGCAAUUGGAAAGUAUGACUAGAUCUGGAAUUGGAAUCCAGCGGGGUGUGGAGAAUACUCGACGAUCACGAUCAAGUUCGCCGGGCCAAUCAGUCGAGAGCACUACUGACUACAGGGAGCCAGAAGACCCGGCAGACGGAGACAACAUCCCUAGAAUGCCUCAGGUACCACCUGACAAGGGUCUUCAUCCUUCCGCCGAGAACGAUCAAUCUAUUGUCAUCGACUCACAGGACGGGAAAAUGCGCUAUUUUGGGGCUUCGUCUGCCUUUUCUGCACUGACCAAUGCCAAAGUAAAUGGGCUAGAGACCCAGCCACAUACCGGAAACUGGCGACACGCAGCUCAAAGAAGUGCUCAUCCAUGGCAACUUUCAAACUGGAUCCCCCAUGUUCUUCAAGAUGGCCUGGAACGGCGCAUUUUCGAACCUCUGCCAUGUAAGGACACAACGGUGCAACUAGCCAGAGAGUACUUUGCAACCUUUAACCAGGCAAUUCCUCUUUUUGAGGAGGCGUCGUUUAUGAGGUCGGUCGACAGACAAUACUCAUGGAAUCCGGAUGAUAGUGCAUCAUGGUGGAUCUCUCUCAACGUUGCUCUCGCCAUAUCAUAUAGAGAAAGGGCGCAUGCAUCUCCUGGUGCUAGUGACAACUGGAAAAGAUCAUUGGGUCACGUUAAAAAUGCCUUGAACGCUGUCGUCGACGUUUUCCUUCGAAAUACUGACAUCGCCGCCGUUCAGGGUCUUUUGGGACUGGCGCUUUACUUUCAGGGUACACCUAACCCACAGGCUCUCUUUAUGUUUGCAGCUGCAGCAAUGCGUCUGGCCCAGUCAAUAGGACUGCAUAGGGAAAACGCCUCUGGAGCUUCACCCGAGGCGGAGCAAAGGCGAAGAGUGUACUGGAUCGCUUUCAUACUCGACUCAGACAUUUCCAUACGGGUGGGCCGCCCGCCGGUCCAGGAUAUCGAAGACUAUGAUACACAUUUACCGACAGAGAAUCCUCCUGAUGGCAGGGGCGUAUUAACGAUUGACGGUACCAGAAUAAAUUACUUCCGUCUCCUUGCCCAACUAGCUCAGAUUCAGCGGCUUGUUAUUAGACAGCUUUACACGGUAACUGUUCGUCAGAAGUCGAGUGAUGAUGUUAUUGAGAGAAUAAAGUCUUGUGAAGACGCGCUGUUGAGCUGGAAGAAGUCUAUACAUUCGAAGCUUCAACCCCAGCGCACAUUUUCUUGUAAACCAAGUUAUUUCCUGCAACAUGUUCUUCGAUUACAUUUCGCAUAUAAUUGCUGUUACUCAAACCUUUAUCAGGUAUGUGUGUUUCAAGCAAACGCUAUCGAGCGGUCAAGGCAGGGAACGGACGAGAAUAUUGCGCCAAUUGUUUCACGCUCACUCGACGCAGCACGUUCUGCAUUGGCCCUGCUAUCACAUGUACAUUCGUUCGGUUCUACCUACAAAUGGAACAUAAUCUACUUUCCAGCGGCAGCAUGUGUCCCUCUUGCCCUAAGGAUACUCGCACAUCCUACACAUUCAGAUGCAGGGGACGACCUUUCAAUGGUCCAGAAUGUUGUCAGGUUCCUCACAUCUACUUCUUCCGAAGAGCCUAAUACAUAUGUCGACUUUAUAUUGGGCAUGUGCUCUGACUUGGAGCGUUCUGCUAGGAGAGCCUUCAUGACGGCGCAACCUGCCCGCCACCACCACCCAGCAACUAUGCAGAAUAACGAAAAUGACAGGCCUAGUCGAUCUGGUCAUGGAAUAAAUCAAAACACAGUUCCCAACUUUUCCGACGCGUUACCGACUUCUUUGGGCAGCACUUCUGCGGCAAAUAUGGGGAGCACCCAUUUUACGAAUAUGGUGCCGCAGGGCCCCUACUCAGAUAUUGGUUUUCCGGAAUCUUCUAACGAGGUUGAUCUGUCGGCUAACUGGCAGUGGUCUCUACCGCCGUUUUGGAACUGGCAGGAUCUUGCUUCAGUUGCGCCUUUGUUUUCGGUCGUUCCGGGAGUGGAUGUACCAGAGGCCAAUAUGCCUGAUACUUGAGAUGUGAUUGCUCGACUUGACGGAAAAUCAUUCCAUACUAUAUGAAUAUAUAACUCUCCAUAUCCCAAAUUAUCCUCAAAGCCAAUUGAUAUUUCUAUCAUGAUGGCAGUGCGGGACCGGAGGGGAAGUCCAUUUUGGAGUCGACUCCUCAACACCUAAUUUUGCAACAGGCUUCAAGAGAGUCUGGCGGCCCCAUGGUCCUGGCUCCUCGAAUGUCGUCAUGAACCUCGAGUCCUCAUCUAAAUCAUGAGGCAACCCUCGUUUCCAGCCAUCAAUGACUGGGACCAGAACUUCGGAAACGUACUGAUCAGGGGUAAUCUCCUUGAACCCAAAGCGUGCGAUUGUGUCUCGUACC